AUGAGUAGGUGGCAGUUUAAUUUGGGCAUGCUUUUCAUCCAAAAUUAUGAAUGCUGCCCCCUACCCUAGAGAAGUUAAAGGGGGUUGAAGAACGAUACGCACCGUUUUGGGGAAACGCGUCGUUCAGUACAAACUGUAACGUAGCAAACGUUGAAGUGAACUGAACACACCGGGGUUUUGUUUUGUAGCGGGUGUUCUGCACUCGGAGCCAGAGGCACUGAUAUUGGCCCAGGCCAUCUCUGAGUCAGAGGGGGUGGAGCUGACGGGGGUGUACGCCCACUGUGGGAACACCUAUGGCUGCAGAGGGGCGGAGCAAAUACACGCUGUUGCCCAUGAAACAACCACCCUCGUACUGCAGUUCAUGGAGAAACUGAAGGCUGUGGGAAUCAGCUGUAAGUCCAGUAUAGGCUCCACCCCCUCCUGCAGCCAGCCAGUCAGUGACAUGGCCAAGCUCAGCGAGGUGCAUCCUGGGAACUACGUCUUCUUCGACGUGCAGCAGUCUGUGAUUGGUUCGUGUGGUCUGGAGGACGUGGCUGUCAGGGUUCUGAGCAGGGUUAUAGGUCACUCUCCUCACAGAAACCAGCUGCUCCUCGACUGUGGCUGGUCCGCUCUCAGUCUCGAUGGAGCUGGGAAACUGCCCACUGGAUACGCUGUCAUAGAGGGACACCCUGACCUCAGGUUGUUGUCUAUGACCCAGGAGCAUGGCAGAGUGGAGCCUCUCUCAGGACAGCUGGACUACAGCAGAUACCCCCUGGGAACACUACUGACUAUUAUACCUUACCACGCUUGUGCGACAGCCAUGAUGCAUUCUGUGUACUACGUCCACUCUGGAGGUCGGCUGGUGGGAAAGUGGACACCCACACGCGGCUGGUGAUCAAAGGAGCAUCAUGGGAAAUGUAGUAUGGUGUGCGUCCGUGGAUGUGUAGUCCUGACAAUCAGAGUGAGCGUUGGAGGGAAUCUGCCUGAGCAAAGAGCUGCACAGAAUCACUGAUUUACAAAUCACCUUGCAGCUCAAACUACUCAUUAUGUGAUGUUGGAAAAUGUCCUUCCUAUUCUUUCCUGAUGUCAUCGUUUGUAUUGUUGUCCGUCCUGCAUUGGGGCUGUAUUAUACAGCUGUCACUGACACUAAACCAUGUUUUAACACUAAUAAAUGAACCACUUUCCUUAAA